CGAAGCCUGGUCGAGGCCCCAUUUGCGUCGAGGUUGCAUCAAGAGGUCUCUGAAUUAGACCCGCUGUAGAUUGUGCAGAAUUUCCUCUUUCGCUUCUUCGUACUCGGUCGUGACUCCUGUUUCAAUGUCCUAGUGGAUGGAAAUCUAGCAAGCCAAAAUUCGCCGAACAGGGAACAGAAGCGGUUCAGUUUUGAGGAGGAAUUGUGGCAGAAAGUGCAGGAAGAUUGAGGCGGUGUUGUGGGAGCUUCAAUGAGGCGAAGGAUUCUUUAGGUUGCAUAUAUGUUCCUCUACUUGGCGAAUUUCAUUUUUACGGGCUAGGGUGGGUGUGCUAUUGGCCCUACAGCGAGAGAGAGAGAGAGAGAGAGAGAGAGAGAGAGAGCUUGAUUUGAAAGUCGUGGACACGAUUUUAAGGCUUGUCAGAAUUGGAAUAUCAGAGGGCUGUGGAUUCUCUUUAGUUUGUGAAAGUCGUGGAACUGGAGGAAAAUUGCAGGUUUGGUCGAAGUUAAAGCGCGCGCCAGGGGCGCAUUUGCAGGACAAGUAAUUACGGGUAAAUUCUGAUAAGAUGUCAUCGCAAAGGUCGGCAGCGCUGGCACGUCGGCUGCGUCGCAAUUUCCAGGAAGUUUUGACAGAUCAGGUUACUUCUAGCGCUCAGGGACGCAAGAGUGAUAGUAUUUUAGGGCACAGCAAGGCAUUCUCAGCAUCAAGCAUUCAGGGGCAAAAUAUAUCUAGGAGAUGGGCACACCGCAUUGGAUUGUUGAAAUCAGGAAUUGCCGACUAUGUAGUAACAAAAACAGCGCUUGACAGGUUUGGCACUUCUAGGCGAUGUAUUCAUGAAAUUGCAAGAAGGAAUGGGAGCGGCACUGCUGGAAGGGCUGUUCUUCAGAAUCUUGGAAGCAAGAGAUCGUUAUGUUCUGAAAUCCCUAAGAAGAAAGGGUUUGAGAAUUAUUAUCCGAAGAACCGGAAGGAAAUUCCCGAAGGUCGGAACGAGCCGAAAUCGGAGCAGAAAGGAGAGCAAGAAUCCAAGCAAGAGGGCGACAAGAUGUCUACAGAGACGUCUAAGUCACAAAUACAGUCUCUAAUCGCCACUGGUGCUGCAACAGUGGCCAUUCUUACCUCUCUUUCCAUGGGCCGUAGUGAUGCUCAGCAGAUCAGUUUUCAGGAGUUCAAGAACAAGUUGCUGGAAUCGGGUCUAGUCGACAGAAUCGAAAUCACUAACAAAAGCCUAGCCAAAGUAUAUGUUUAUAGAGGUUCACAACAGGGUGCUCAAGCAAGAGGAAGUGAAGGUGGUAGUAUUGAUGGAGGAAUGGAUGACGUGCAGACUGAUUCACGGCCACAAGCUGGGCGCUCGAAUUCUGUGUAUAAGUAUUACUUCAACAUUGGAAGUAUCGAUUCGUUUGAGCGUAAGUUGGAAGAUGCACAGGAUGCAUUAAAUGCAGAUCCCCAUGAUUACAUUCCUGUUACAUAUGUGUCGGAGAUGAGCUGGCAACAGGAGCUUUUGCGUUUGGCUCCUACUAUAUUGUUAAUAGCUGGAUACAUCUACUUCACUAGGCGUAUGCAAGGUGGUUUUGGGGUGGGCGGAGGUGGUGGUGGUAUGGGUGGGCGUGGAAUAUUCAACGUGGGAAAAGCUCAAGUUACUAAGCUUAGCAAGAAACAGAAGGACAAGGUAAUGUUCAAAGAUGUUGCUGGUUGUGACGAGGCAAAACAAGAGAUUAUGGAGUUCGUUCACUUUUUGAAAAACCCCAAGAAGUAUCAGGAACUUGGUGCUAAAAUUCCAAAGGGAGCUCUUUUGGUUGGUCCACCUGGUACGGGAAAGACCUUGUUGGCGAAGGCAACGGCCGGAGAAGCAGGAGUACCAUUUCUUUCUAUCAGUGGAUCAGAUUUUAUGGAAAUGUUUGUAGGGGUUGGUCCUUCUCGAGUCAGAGAUUUGUUUGCCCAAGCAAGGCAGGCUAGCCCUAGUAUUAUUUUCAUAGAUGAGAUUGACGCAAUUGGACGCGCUAGAGGACGAGGGGGAUUUGCAGGAGCUAAUGAUGAGCGUGAAAGUACUCUUAACCAGCUUCUAGUUGAAAUGGAUGGGUUUGGCACAACUACUGGCGUCGUAGUUCUUGCGGGAACUAACAGACCUGACAUUUUAGAUAAGGCUUUGUUGCGUCCUGGACGAUUCGAUCGGCAGAUUGCGAUCGAUCGACCUGAUAUUAACGGAAGGGAGCAGAUUUUCAGGAUAUAUCUUCAGAAGCUAAAGCUGGAUCAAGAUCCUGUUUAUUAUUCUCAACGAAUGGCAGCUUUAACUCCUGGGUUUGCUGGUGCUGAUAUUGCAAAUGUGUGCAACGAGGCUGCUCUAAUUUGUGCCAGAAACGAGAAAACAGUGAUCACCAUGGAGCAUUUUGAAGCUGCUAUUGAUCGAAUCAUUGGUGGCCUGGAAAAGAAGAAUCGGGUAAUCAGCAAGGAAGAAAGGAGGACAGUGGCGUAUCACGAAGCUGGGCAUGCAGUCACGGGCUGGUUCUUAGAAUAUGCUGAACCAUUGCUCAAAGUGUCAAUCGUACCACGUGGUACUGCUGCUUUAGGUUUUGCUCAGUAUUUACCAAAUGAGAAUCUGCUUAUGACAAAGGAGCAGCUUUUGGACAUGACAUGUAUGACACUUGGAGGUCGUGCCGCUGAGCAGGUACUGUUAGGUAAAAUAUCAACAGGUGCACAGAAUGACUUGGAGAAAGUUACGAAAAUGACUUAUGCACAAGUUGCAGUAUAUGGGUUUAGUGAAAAAGUUGGUCUUCUCUCGUUUCCACCGAAGGAUGACGGCCUUGAAAUGUCAAAGCCUUAUAGCAAUGAGACAGGUGAAAUCAUCGAUAAGGAGGCUCGAGAUUGGGUGGCCUUGGCAUACGAAAGAACACUCGCUUUAAUUACAAGGCACAAAGAAGGUGUGGAAGCCCUUGCACUUAAGCUUUUGGAGAAGGAAGUCUUGCAUCAGGAAGAUUUGGUAGCCAUUUUGGGUGAAAGGCCCUUCAAGCAUGCAGAACUUUCAAAUUACGAUAAGUUCAAACUUGGUUUUCCCUCUUCUCGGGAUGACCAGGUUAAACUAGGAUCAGCGCAGCCGUCUGAGAAUGGCAUUCCUCCUGAACACCCGUCAUCCCCUCCUCCAACUCCUCCAGGUUUGGAUGGGUCUCAGCCUGUACCGGCUAUAUUGUGAAGCAAUGCUUCAGUGGUGUUGCAGCUCAUAGAAAUGUCAUAAUGCUACCCGUCCGGUCAGCAACUGCAGGGCUGAGAGAGUUCAAGUUCGAUACUUGUUUCUCAACGUUGAAGGUAGUAUGCAUCAAUAUGCGUUACGCAGAUUGCACCAGCGCUCUCCUCUUUGAGGCUACAAGGCAUCUGGAGUGCUUGUUCUAGCAACACUCGCAAGAUACGGCGGCUUCUGAGCCUUACAUUUUUAGUAUGGGAGCAAAUAAUGUAAUUAACUUUGUGUCUUAGUGGUUGAUGAUUGCGAUUGGUACUUCCAAAUGUUAAGCAAUCGCAAAGGGCCAUUCUUCUUGCCACUUGUGCGAUUGUUUUCCCUAACAGCAUAUGCUAGUGAUGUUUCGCCAUGUUAAUAUACAUAACAGAAAAUAUAGUGCAGAUGAAUUUGAAGCUGAAACUGGCUAUCGGACCAGAAGACUCUAGCUGAUGUUUGUACAAGUGUUCCUUCAAAAGGGCUCUUUUUAAAGUCUA